GUUCGCGAACUGGCGCCAGGCUGUCGUCACGGGUCACGGCUCUCGUUGAUAGGCACUGGCGUUUGUCGCUGGCUGGACUGGAGCGCAACUAGGCUCCUCUACAGCAUGUGGCAACAGAGAGCGAGAGACAGGACAGCGAGACCACAGACUCGAGGAACUUCGGGCCAAUUUGGUGAGGCUACAGGGCAGUCUUGCAACGCAUGCACUAUCGCGUUGAAGGGGUGUGAUUGGAGAAGGGGUGCGGUGAAACAAGGACUUGAGAUUUACUUUUUUGUCUCAAAAUUAGCCUACAUCAGUGACAAAGAAAUACAGGUAGAGCCUUUAUUUAGGUAAAAUCAUUGCACGUUGUGGAUACCACGUUUGCUUUCGUCAUAAGCUUAAUUGCAAUCACAUUUGCGCGUAGGCAAUAGUUAGAUUUUGAUGAACGUUGCCAAGAACCAGUCACUGGUUAGAAUACAUAACAGGCUAAUAAGAAUAUCUGCAAAUUUGUAUGUAGUCUACAGCGUUGUCUUGGUAGAGGCAAGAGGAAUCAGACAAAGAAAGUCGGGCGCAAGCUUCUCCUACAAAGCCCUCGUUUAGGUGUGACAGAAACGACAAAAGGAAAGUGGAAAAACUCGCAUCAGCACCAGUGAACACCCAGACAGAGAAACAGACGAACAACAGCCAGACCGCACGACUGUUAUUGGAUGACAAUAUCCGGAAAAUAUAAGAUUGUCUGCAGUUUUUGCAAGAUGCAAUAGGCUCCAGGUAAUUACAUUCCUUCUUGUGUCUGCACAGUCUGGAGUGUUUCAGAGCGUAGUGGUCACAACAAAACCACUCCAAAAGACAUCUGAAGACAGGCGUCUAGUCUCACCAACUAAAUGGGAAGAGAAAUAGAUGAGCGCUGUCCAAAAUAACUUAAAGAAAGGGAAAGAGAAGAGUGUGAAGUGGACAACGCAGAACACUAAAUAUUCCAGAGGCGAAUGACCAUUGAAGGGCCCUCUCCAUGGAUAUUGACACAGACUAUGAGCGGCCCAAUGUGGAAACCAUUAAAUGUGUGGUGGUAGGGGACAACGCGGUGGGCAAGACCAGGCUCAUCUGUGCCCGCGCCUGCAAUGCCACCCUCACACAGUACCAGCUGCUCGCCACCCACGUGCCAACCGUCUGGGCCAUUGACCAGUACCGUGUGUGCCAGGAGGUGUUGGAGAGGUCCCGGGAUGUUGUGGAUGAGGUCAGUGUGUCCCUGAGACUAUGGGACACCUUCGGUGACCAUCACAAAGACCGACGUUUCGCGUACGGCAGGUCUGACGUGGUGGUGCUGUGUUUCUCCCUGGCCAAUCCCAACUCCCUGCGCCAUGUGCGCACAAUGUGGUACCCUGAGAUUAAGCACUUCUGCCCCCGCACCCCUAUCAUCCUGGUGGGCUGCCAGCUGGACCUGCGCUACGCCGACCUGGAGGCUGUCAACCGUGCCCGCAGACCCCUAGCCAAACCAAUCAAGCCUACAGACAUCCUACCUCCUGAGAGAGGCCACGAGGUGGCCAAGGAGCUGGGCAUUCCCUACUUCGAGACCAGCAUCGUGGCCCAGUUUGGGGUCAAGGAUGUGUUCGACAACGCCAUCCGUUCUGCCCUUAUCUCCCGCCGCCACCUCCAGUUCUGGAAGUCCCACCUGAAGAGAGUCCAGCGGCCCCUCCUCCAGGCCCCCUUCCUGCCCCCCCGUCCACCUCGCCCUGUGGUGGGCAUCCCCGACCCCCCUCCCAUCGACGGAGAGGCCCCUGACUCCCUCUUCUGCCAGCCGCUGUGCGCCGACGUCCUCUUCCUUCUCCAGGGCGGUGCCACGCGCGUCUUCGCACACAAAGUCUACCUGGCCACAUCCUGCUCCAAGUUCUAUGACCUCUUCACCCUGGACCUGCUGGCUACCGAGUCGGAUUGGGAGGGAGAGGAGCGCGCCGAGAGCGGGGAGGAGGACGAGCAGAGCAGGAGAGGAGCCAAAGAGCAGGCGGGGCGCACUAAGAGCUUGGACAUCGAUAAGGAGGGGGAGGGGGGCGCCAGGGGACUCAAACGGCCACCCAUGCUCCAGCAGGGCUCCCUGAGAACUUCCAAAAGUGAUAACGCCCUCCCCGCCAGGAGCCAGUGCCCCCUGGGGCCCCUGGGAGCCGGCCGUGGCCUCUCGGGCUGGGGGAGGGGCUUCCUGAGUGUUUACCUGGAGCACAUAGCUGACCCCGAGACGGGGCGACUUCGCCUCAUGACCGUGGUCUCCAUGGACGUCCUCAUACAGGAAGAACCCUUCCAGGCAGUGCUGCAGUACUUGUAUACAGGCAGUCUGGACGAGAGCCGAGGGGACCUGAUGCAGGUGGCCACCAUCGCCGAGCUGCUGGAGGUGUUUGACCUGAGGAUGAUGGUGGCCAAUGUGCUGAACCGGGAGAGCUUCAUGAACCAGGAGAUCACAAAGGCCUUCCACGUCCGCCGAGCCAACCGCAUCAAAGAGUGCCUCAGCAAGGGUACCUUCGCCGAUGUGGUGUUCCGCCUGGACGAUGGAUACAUGCCGGCCCACAAACCCCUGCUCAUCUCCAGCUGCGACUGGAUGGCCGCCAUGUUCCGGGGAUCCUUCAUGGAGAGCUACAUCGAGGAGGUGUCCAUCCCUGACACCAGUAGCUCCUGUAUGCGUGCAGUGUUGGAGUUCAUGUACUGUGGGCUGCUUUCGCCCUGUCCUGACCUGGAGCCUAUUGAGCUCAUCAUCCUAUCCAACCGACUGUGUCUGCCACGCCUUGUUGCCCUCACAGAGCAGCAUGCUGUGGAUGAGCUGCUCCAGUGGGCGAAGAAGGGAGUGGAGAUUGACGGACACGUGCUGGCUUACCUGGAGUUGGCUCAGUUCCACAAUGCCAAGCAGCUGUCUGCCUGGUGUCUCCAUCACAUCUGCACCAACUACAACAGCAUCUGUCGCAAGUUCCCUAAAGACAUGAAGGUCAUGUCUCCAGAUAACCAGAGGCACUUUGAGAAGCAACGUUGGCCUCCAGUGUGGUUCCUGAAGGAGGAGGACCGUUACCUGCGCUCUCAGAAGGAGCGCGAGCGCGAGGAGGAGAUCCUACGCAAGCAGCGCACCAAGAGAGGCUGGUGCUUCUCCAGACACCCGUCCUCCUCGCCCCACGUCUCCUGAGGCUGUCACCCCUCCAUGACCCCUCCAUGACCCCUCCUGCUUCUGACCUCUCACCCCAGACUUAGGAGGCCAGCUAUGAGCCUACCACCCCUCCAUGACGGGAGAGCCAAGUUUCCCUUCUGUACGAUUGUGUGUGUGUGUGUGUGUGUGUGUGGGUGGGUAUAGGCGUGGGCAGUUCUCUGUGCCCAAGGUGGCCUCACCUCGCUGGGCCUCAGUGACCAGUCCAGUGCUGCCUCCUGCCCCUGAGAUCCACCCACCAGCCUGGGGGUGACGAGACUGGGUACAAAAGGGCUCUCUCUCUGCCCCUCAGUCACACAGACGCUAAAGACCAUUCCACAGACCACUGCUAAGACUCCCCUAUGGGGAGGUUACCUCUGACUUGACGUCUAUUUAGACUGUUAGCGCACUGGACAAGACCAGCAGCCAGGGGGCACCAGCGCUGCUCCAACACACAUGGAAGGAUGCUUUCUUUCGCUUAGGGAUUUGAAAUUAGAGUAGAGCCCAUCCCAGAGUUGGGUGUUUUGCCUCAGUCUCUGACCAUAACCUAUGCCUGUCUGACUUCUCUUCCACAGACUUUGUCCUCCAUUUUGGACCGGUUUGACACCAUUUUGUUUUCUCUCGGGUUUCAUCCCAGUGAAGCUCCAUGUUGGAGGUUUGAAUCCCAAAUGUUGCCCUAGACUGUUCUAGAAUCAGCUGUCCAAGGGAGGGGCAGUAGAGGUGGUAGUCUGGGUUUAGGUUCCUGCUCCAGCACAGGAGGUGGUUUGUGGUUCAAGCACCCAUCGUGAUCCCCAAACCCCCACAUAACACCAAGAGGAGAGGCCAACAGUGCUGACCAAACUGACCAAAUUCCCCUCAAUGACAUUCAAAGUGAACACUUGAUAGCAAUUCUGGAUCAGAUGGAUAUUUUAUAUCACUGCCAUGGGAGGGAGUAAGAAGCAGAACUGAACAGAUUUCUUCUUGCUCCGUCUUGAUUGACCACUAGGGUGCCCCUCAGCCAGCCUGCCUUAACUUCCCCAUACCACAGGGGCAGCACUGCUCAGGGUUCCAUCAUCAACCCUUACCAGGAGCAACCAGGAGUUUUCUCCCCUGCCUGCGUAUAUCCUUGAUUCCAGUUUCUUUUAACUUUAUUUUAUUCCAGUUGUAUUUGAAAGUCAACUGUAGUCUUUUGUCCUCACUGAGUGUUGAAGCACAGGUAUUAUACCAAAAAUGAAGCUGUGACAUGUUCUCUCCCUCCUGGCUCCUUGCCCUCCUCUCCUCGCCUCCUCCAUAACAUGGCAGAUACGGGGAGGAAGGGAAUAAGGUAUUAGGAAUUAAGGAAGAUAACUUUUUGAUCCCUCUCUCAGCAUGUUUUUAUAAAGCUGCAAUGUCAGGUAAAACCCAGGUGUCACUGCAGGACUUCCACUCCUUUAGCUGGAAUUGAAAAUGGUGCUCAGGAUGUCUACAUAAAGACAGUAUGUCUAUGACACACACAUACUUGUACCUGUCUUUUCGGUCCACUCGUUCUUUUAAUGUCUGCCCAGUCCGUCAUCAGUGUUAAUAUACGGAAGUCUUUCAAAUCUACACAUAUAGUGUUACAUUCAGAUGUGAUGCACUAGGGUUAUUUUUUUUCUUAUUCAAAGGUGUCUAAUAGACAUUACGUUAGUGAAUAUAUUCGUAGUAUUAUACAUUUUUGAAGUUGAAUCUUUACAUUUAUUUAACUACAUAGUUUUCAAUGCAGUAUUAGACCAAAAUAUUUCACUUGCUUGUAAUUUCUUGGGCUGCAGAGUGCAGUUCUAUUUUCAUUGUGAGGGAGUGUGCUGUUUCAAUCGGUUGUUAACAAAGGGAAUGUGUUUGCUUUUGAUUGAAUGUGCAGUUCUAUCUUUUAGUUGAAUGCUAUGGAGUUGGAGUUUGGACUGCUGAGAAAAUCUUAGUAACCCACUGCACCUUUAAGGUCUUCAUUAAUCCAAGACAAGGUGUAUUACAACAGGCGUGUUGAAAUAAGAAAACAAUAACCAACAAAGCAUUAUUACUGUAUUUUAUUGUCUUCUUUGUGCUAGUUAUUUAUGCUUUGGGGCUGAAUCUCUUUAGCACCUUUGUUCUAUUUGUGGGUUUGAGAUUUCCACCCCCGGCUUUACCCAGGUGACUGUGGGAGAUAGAUGGAUGGCGUGAAACGUGUGGCUUGUUUUGCUUUUCUUCACGGGAGGUGUGUUCGAGUCAUCAACAGCGACUGAAAUAACUGUGUGAUAGGAUCUCACGAGACCCAAGUGCGAAUCGGGCUGAUUUUAACCUAAAAAAAAAAAAAACUGCAAACCUGCAUAUUUGGAAUUGUAACACUGAAAUAGUCCUAGCGCCCCUAUUUCAGACUGGGAUAUUGGAACAUGAAUCUGGGGUUGACAUGGGGACAUAGAGAUAUUUGACUUCCAUGACCCCUUUCAAUGCCCCAAGGAUUAGCUAUUAGAGUUGUCUUACUAAUGGUAGACAGGCCCUACAAAGCCUUCCCUCAUGAAAGGUCCCCUGUAGCUCAGUUGGUAGAGCAUGGCGCUUGCAACACCAGGGUUGUGGGUUCGUUUCCCACGGGGGGC